AUCAUAUAAAAAGCUCCAGGAGUUAACGUAACUUUGCUUAUCUACGCUUGCUUUAACAAUGGCGUUCAGGCAACUGUCAUUUGCUCUUGCAAUGAUCGUGAUGCUGCAAACGGCUUCAGCUGUGCUGGAAGAGCUUCAAGAAAGAGCAGAUUCAAGCCCUAAUGAAAUAGAAAGAGUGAUUGGAGGAACAAGUGCGGAGCAAGGAAUGUUUCCAUGGACAGUUGCACUGUACUACAACAACCAGUUUAUAUGUACAGCCUCCAUAAUUUCCCCGACUACAGUCCUAACAGCUGCUCAUUGCGUAGUUUUAGAAGAACAAUUACAGAGUGCAGAUCUCUUCUAUGGAAUCGCUGGAAAUGUAAACAAAAGUUCUCCUAUGGUUCGUCUUAAUUUUAGAAGCGUCACUCCGCAUCCUGAUUACGGAAAUCUGCAGAACGAUGUCGCUAUUUUCAAAACUGUAGACGAAAUUCCGUUGGGCGAGAAUAUUUCCCCAAUCUGCAUUGCAGGGCCAGACGCAGGUUCUUUAGACUAUAAAAGAGUAACAGCCAUGGGAUGGGGUACCACAAGCCGAAGCAGAAUCGCUCAACCAAUACCUGAUAUCCUGCAAUUUGUUCAUCAGAGAGUAGUACCAAACAAUCAGUGUUCUCUCCUCUUCUAUUUUGGCCAGUUAGCAGAUACCGGUCUGUGUGCUGGAGGCCUUUUUAGGGGCAUCUGUAACGGUGAUUCAGGUGGACCUUUAGUUUAUUUCCCAAGCGGACAGGAUCCAGUUGAAGUUGGAAUUGCCUCCUAUAUCAAUGCAUUGGUUGGCUGCGGUUUUAUCGGUCCAGCUGUAUUUACACGUGUCAGUUCCUAUUAUGAUUUUAUAAUGCAGACAGCUGGUGAUGGUCAAGUUUGCACAGUGUCAGUUCCCUGAAUAUUGAUUAAGCAGAAUUAGUUAUACCUACAAGAAGCAAAAAUGCGAAGAAAAUAGUUUUCCAAGAAUUAAACAUAUAACAAAAACUAAAAUAAAAAUAAAAUUCAAUGCCCUUUUACAGCAUUAUACUGAAAAGGAAUUGUAGAAUUUCAGAAAUUAAUUUGUGUAAUUGCGAAAUAAAUUGACUGACUAUUUAAAUUUA